AUGCACAGACUGAUGACACCAGAGUAUCACUGUCAAGUACGACAGGAGCAUAUUGAGACAAGGUGCACACAUCACAUCCUCAGCAGCUUUACAUCACACAUUCCAGACAUUCCCCAUCAGCACUCUUUCCUCAGUGAGAACAGCAAAGAUACAGAAGAAAAGAAGAGAGUUUGUCAGGAUCUGGCAACGUGUAGCAGCAGAGAUCUCCGGCUCCAGCUCGGACACGUGGAUCUGGCAGACAGAGAGAAGGGCUCAUUUUAUGGUAGAUUGAGACAUUUCCUGGAUGUGAUUGACCCUCGUACACUCUUUGUACCAGGGAAACGUUUAAAUGAAUGUAUGAAACUCCUGGAUCAGUUCAAAAAUGGAACUCUUUCUCCAGGUGUGACUAAUGGACAGCUUUGGGAAGCCCAGAAGAUUAAGCAGGCCAUCAUCCAUCCAGACACAGGAGAGAAGAUCCCCAUGCCCUUUCGCAUGUCAGGUUUUGUGCCCUUUGGUACUCCAGUGGUUGUAGGCCUUCUGUUACCCAAUCAGACAUUUGCUUCUACCAUCUUUUGGCAGUGGCUGAACCAGAGCCACAACGCCUGUGUCAACUACUGCAACCGUAAUGCAACUAAGCCCACGCCAAUAUCAACAUUUUUCCAGGGUUACCUGGGUGCAGUCAGCAGUGCAGUUACUAUCGCAGUGGGGCUGAAUGUCCUUAUUAAGAGAGCUGAGCAUUUCAGUCCAGCUACGAGGAUCCUGGUCCAGCGGUUCAUCCCGUUCCCUGCUGUCGCAAGUGCCAACGUGUGUAAUGUUCUGCUGAUGCGCCACACUGAGCUGUCAAAGGGCAUCAGUGUACUGGAUGACAAAGGCAAUGUGGUAGGCACCUCAAAACUGGCCGCUCGACAUGCUUUGAUGGAGACGUCCCUGACCCGUGUGGUGCUGCCCAUGCCUGUUCUCCUCCUGCCGCCGUUAGUGAUGUCACUGCUGGAGAGGCUUCCUCUCCUGCAGAAGCGUCCUCGUCUCACACUGCCGGUUCACAGCAUGGUGUGUGUCUGUGCGUUCGGCCUGGCGCUGCCUGUUGCCAUCAGCCUGUUCCCCCAAAACAGUCAGACACCUGCUCUCAUCUACAAUGCAGUCAAGGCGAUGUGCACUUCAAACGAGCCUAAUGUCUUCUGA